CGAACUUCGAUUCAUCGCUCGAGCACUAACCACCCCGAAUAGCUAUAUAGUCUGUUGUGUCGAUACAGAGUGCCAGGAGAUAUGGUCAAGCAUAUACGAUAGAAAAUGUCACAUAAUCUUGGCGACAGGUGAUUGAACGUUCUGUAGAAAAGAAAUCGGACAAAUAUAGGCCUGCAUUAAUUGAUUUGUUAUGGAAAACGGAUGCAACUGUCACUAAUUAGAAUAUCCAUUUUAUACUGGAUCGAAUAACUUUCACAAUAUACGUAACAUACUGCUCUCAAGGUCAACAUGCCGAAAAAGUUCGUGGGUGAGAAUAGCAAGGCGGUCGCCGCCCGUGCUAGAAAAGCAGCGGCUAAAGAAGCCGAAACUAUAAAAAAGGCAUUGGAAGCCGAGGACAAGGCUUGGCAAGAUGACGACAAGCAGCUAUUGAAAAAAAAACAAAAACAAGAAGAGCUCGAGAAAAAACGUCAACAGCAGUUAGAGAAAAAGGCAGAAACGAAAGCUCUGCUUGAAAAAGAAAUGGCAAAUAUAAAGGCGGGCGGUAAACAGUCAACGUCCAAAGUUACAAGGGCUGAGAUUGUCUCUGUUACUGAGAAACGAAAUCAGGUGGCUAUGAAGAAGAAAGAGGACGAGAAAACGAUUGAGGAGAACUUGAACAGAAUAACUCUGGAGGGUGAAACAGCUCAUGGUAUAGAUGAAGCUUUGUCCAUUCUAAGUACAAAGGAUACCGAUAUCGACCGGCAUCCGGAGAAACGGAUGAAAGCCGCGUACGCGAACUUCGAGGAGAGAAUGAUGCCUGUGAUUAAAGAACAAAAUCCUACUCUGAGGUUGAGUCAGCUGAAGCAGAUCCUUAGGAAAGAAUGGAUGAAAUCGGCGGAAAAUCCACUUAACCAGAAGCUACUAAAUCACUGAUGUCAAUUUCACAAAAGUAUCGAAAUACGUGAGGAUACUUUUAUGGUAUACUUUGUCAGGAUACCAACGGGUUAAUUUGCUUGGUUCAGUCAAAUAAUAACUGUCGAUGUAACGACACGAUGUGUGAACUAUAUACAAUUUUAUUGAUAAAACGAAUAACUUAGAUACUAAAAAUAUACGAUAUGAAAUAGAUGUGUACGAUAUACAUAUACAUAUAUAUAUAUAUAUAUAUAUAAACGAUCUUUGGUCACAAAUCUAUGUGCUGUUCCAUAGCCUCUGUUCGAUUUGCUGGAUCACUUUGAAUAACUCUUCCGUCCGGCGCGAGAAACGAGAUACUUCUCGCGAGAAGGCACUAUUUAAUUUAAAUGGGAAGACAUAGUCUAUCAGGCACAGUUCGAUAACAGUUGAGGUACAUCGAAGAUUUAGAAUUAUGCGCACUUGGCGGUAAUUAACGAUCUUUCCAAACAACAAGAAAAUUCAGAAGCACGUGUAAAAGUUAUUUUCUGUGAUCUCGAGACAAAUAAGAUACUUUGUAUUUAUUUAAUCUGUACAUCUUGGCACAUUUACGAGGCCGCGCGCAUCGUGCGCGCUAUGCACAAAUUCUCUUUAUUAAUUUACCUUACCGUUCUGUCAAACCGAGUCUCUUUGUAAGAUCGUAAAAUGAAUAGCUUAUCUCCUUCGAACUUGAAUAUACGAGUUUCAUAAUAUAUCUAAUUAAUUAAUAACCGGCUCGCGUAUAUCGGUUCAAUACAAUCUCGAUGUAAUGCAACGUGUUAGGCGAUUACUCCUACGUUCGAAUUACCUAGAUUAAAAUUACGCGAUAUCAGUGUUGCCACUUUUUGUUUUUCCACAAGUCUAUGAAACAAUGUAUCAUGUGAUUUAGUUGCUGGGGACACUCAGUCAUAGGGCUAUGACCAGCCAUUGGAAUAGCUUCGAGGAAAGCCUUCAUCAUCGUCUGAAAAAUAUAAAACAAAUGAUAAUUAUUGAAUGUUAUUUUUGAAAGAUUUUUAAAAGAUUAGCAAAUAAUCUCUCUCUUUCUCUGUCUCUUUUUCUUUCUUUCUUUCUUCAUAUAUAGAAAACCUAUGGAACUCGAUAAAAACUUUAUUUACACCA